CGUCUCGUUGUCCCAUCUAGCCCAUCUGCUAUCAGCGAGGACGAAGGCACAAACCCCUCACCUCCCUCAAACCCUAGCCCUCGCUCUCCCGCUUGUUCCCGUCACCGCCAUCAUGGGCUCAGAUGCGGACAUGGAGGACUACGGGUUCGAGUACUCUGACGAAGAGCCGGAGGAGCAGGAUGUCGACAUUGAGAACCAGUAUUACAACUCCAAAGGUUUGGUCGAGACAGACCCAGAGGGUGCACUUGCUGGUUUUGAUCAAGUGGUCAGUAUGGAGCCUGAAAAGGCUGAAUGGGGAUUUAAAGCUCUUAAACAAACUGUCAAGCUUUACUAUAAGCUGGGGAAAUACAAAGAAAUGAUGGAUGCAUAUAGAGAGAUGUUAACAUACAUAAAAUCUGCGGUCACCCGGAACUACAGCGAGAAAUGUAUAAACAACAUAAUGGAUUUUGUUUCUGGAUCAGCUAGUCAGAAUUUUACUCUUCUGCAAGAGUUCUACCAGACAACACUGAAAGCGCUUGAAGAAGCGAAAAAUGAGAGAUUAUGGUUCAAGACAAACUUGAAGCUUUGCAAAAUUUGGUUUGAUAUAGGCGAGUACGGUCGCAUGAGCAAGAUAUUGAAGGAACUGCAUAAAUCUUGCCAAAGGGAAGAUGGUUCUGAUGAUCAAAAGAAAGGCACACAACUUUUGGAAGUCUAUGCUAUUGAAAUACAAAUGUACACUGAAACAAAGAAUAAUAAAAAGCUUAAGGAAUUGUAUCAAAGGGCUCUUUCCAUCAAAUCAGCGAUACCUCAUCCAAGAAUCAUGGGUAUAAUUCGCGAGUGUGGUGGAAAGAUGCAUAUGGCUGAGAGGCAGUGGGCUGAGGCUGCGACUGAUUUCUUUGAAGCUUUCAAGAACUACGAUGAAGCAGGCAAUCCACGGAGAAUCCAAUGCCUAAAAUAUCUUGUCCUUGCCAAUAUGUUGAUGGAAUCUGAAGUGAAUCCUUUUGAUGGACAAGAGGCCAAGCCGUACAAGAAUGAUCCUGAAAUCCUUGCAAUGACAAACCUGAUUGCAGCGUACCAGAAGAAUGACAUCAUGGAAUUUGAAAAGAUCCUGAAGAGUAAUAGAAGAACAAUAAUGGACGAUCCUUUUAUCCGUAACUAUAUUGAGGACUUAUUGAAGAACAUCAGAACCCAAGUGCUGCUCAAGCUUAUUAAACCAUAUACUCGAAUCAGGAUACCAUUCAUUUCACAGGAACUCAAUUUUCCAGAAAAGGAUGUCGAGCAGCUGUUGGUGUCACUCAUUCUGGACAACCGUAUCCAAGGCCACAUAGAUCAGGUUAACAAGCUGCUAGAACGUGGAGAAAGGUCCAAGGGGAUGAGGAAGUACAAUGCUAUCGACAAGUGGAAUACUCAGCUGAAGUCCAUUUACCAAACAUUGUCCAACAGAGUUUGAUGAGAAGGAUCGCUGCUGCUGCGUGCAUUGCACACCUAGCAUUGUUGAUAGCCUGUUUUGCGGAUUUGAGGGCAACUGCAAAGAACUGUCUGGUGACGCUUGCGAUAGAAUCCUGGAUCUGGGUAAAGUUAAUAUUGACUACGAGGUCGUCUCUGAAUUGAAUCUGGUGUUUUGAUAGUGCAAGACUACUUGACUGGUCAAAAGCCAAAUAUACGACGAUGCCCUUCUGGUU